CCUAAACUCAUACUCAUGAUCUCAUUCUUUUCUUUCCUAGUAUCCAUGGCCAAAUCUUCAACUCUCCUCCUCUGUAUCUCUGUUUUCAUCUUCAUCACUACAGAACCCGUCUUGGCUCAAACAUGUUCCAACUACAGAUUCACCAGCAACAGUCUCUUUGAGUCUUGUAACGACCUUCCUGUUCUUGACUCCUUUAUCUACUACACCUAUGAUUCUUCUUCCGGAAAUUUCCAAAUGGCUUAUCGCCACACAAACCUCUCCCCGGGGAAAUGGGUGGCAUGGGCCGUGAACCCCACAUCCACCGGCAUGGUUGGAGCUCAAGCCAUUGUGGCUUAUCCACAAUCAGACGGAACCGUCAGGGCUUACACUUCACCCAUCAGCAGCUACCAGACGAGUCUCCAAGAAGGUGAACUGAGUUUCAACGUCUCAGAGUUAUCUGCCACUUACCAAAACAACGAGAUGAUCAUCCUCGCAACUCUGAGUCUUCCACUUGCAAACGGUGGAAACAUUAAUAUUGUGUGGCAAGAUGGGUCUCUUUCAGGGAACACUCUUCUGCCUCAUCCAACUUCUGGCAAUAACAUCCGCUCUGUUGCCACUAUGAAUCUAAACUCUGGUACAUCUGCAUCGGCCUCAGGAGGAGGAGCCGGAGACUCCAAGCUUAGAAAACGCAACAUACAUGGGAUCUUGAACGCAGUGAGCUGGGGAAUAAUGAUGCCAAUAGGAGCAAUCAUUGCUAGAUACUUGAGAGUCUCCAAAUCAGCAGGCCCUGCUUGGUUCUACCUUCACGUUACCUGCCAAGCUUCUGCGUAUAUCAUUGGUGUUGCUGGUUGGGCUACAGGUAUCAAACUUGGCAGUGAGUCAGAAGGGAUUCAAUUCAGCUCUCACCGUGCCAUAGGCAUCGCUCUCUUCUGCCUUGCAACAGUUCAGGUGUUUGCUAUGUUUUUAAGACCCAAACCAGAGCACAAGUAUAGAGUCUACUGGAACAUCUACCACCACACCGUCGGCUAUACUGUGAUUGUCCUUGCGGUGGUGAACAUUUUCAAAGGGUUAGACAUCUUGAGCCCUGAGAAGCAGUGGAGAAACGCUUACACAGCUAUAAUCAUAACGCUGGGCUUAGUGGCGGGCGUGCUCGAAGCCUUUACUUGGUAUGUAGUCAUAAAACGAAGGAAAGUAGAGGAAUCUACCAAGACAUCUCAGCUUGGAAACGGUGCUCGGUCUCAGUAUGCUUAGAGAUGUCGUUGGUGUAUAGAGAGUAUAGAGUGAAGUUUUACGGUUUACUGUUUAUUUAUCAGUUUUGAGUUGGUUAGUUUGGUUUGCUUUUGGGAUUUCUACAUGUAUUUACUAGUUUGAAUCAAUCUAUUUGAUGUUUAAUAGUUGUUGAAGUUGAAGCAUUUCCUCUUA